AUGACACGCAACUUUAGACUCGGUGUCUUGGAAUGCGAUACUCCCAUUCCUGCCGUUAAUGGAAAGCGUGGUACAUACGGAGAUGUCUUUCGAGAUCUUAUGGAUAAGGGCCUAAAGCAUGAAGGGUUGGGUGAUAAGGGAAAGAAUGUGAACUAUGAGAUUAGCAAAUGGGACGUUGUCACAGCUCAAGAAUAUCCCAACAUUGAGGAUGUUGAUGGGUUCUUGUUGACAGGAAGCAAACAUACAUCCUUCAACGAUGAUCCUUGGAUUUUGAAGCUGGUCGACUAUGUCAAGAAGGUCUAUACCUCCACUGAUAUACCAAUCGUGGGAAUCUGCUUCGGUCAUCAAAUAAUCGCUCGAGCACUCGGUGCGAAGGUCGCUGUUAGCCCAGGUGGUUGGGAAGUCUGCGUCGAUAGAGUCGAGCUCAACGAAACCGGUCAGAAGCUCCUCGGCGUCCCAUCCCUUGGCCUUCACCAAAUGCACAGAGACGCAGUUCUAGAAGUCCCCGAAGGUCUAGUCAGUCUAGGAAGCAGCUCAAAAUGUGAAAUCCAAGGACUUUACAAGCCUGGUCGUAUUAUGACGACCCAGGCUCAUCCCGAAUUUGACGAUUUUAUCAUGGAGGAGAUCAUGAAGGCGAGAUAUGAUCAAAAGGUCUUUUCGAAGGAGAUGUAUGAGGAGGGUAUUACGAGGGCUAGGGCGGCUCAUGAUGGUGUUUUGGUGGCGGCCAAGAUGUGGGAUAUUCUACUCAGCAAGCAAUAG